AUGCCUCCACGUACAUCUUCGCUCUUCUCCGAAUCUCUUUACCAUUAUCGCAGAGCUCUCCCACGUCUAUCCCGUAGCCAUACUACCAUCUCCUCGCCGAACCCGCCCGUCCCCCUACAUACCGCAUGCGCUCAGCUCCCCACUCGCCGCCUCGUCUCGCUCCGCGGCCAUGAUGCAUCCCGCUUCUUGCAAGGUCUUACAACACAAAACAUCCCUAGUCAAUAUAUGAGGUCCUGCUUCUACAGCGCCUUUCUGAAUGCCUCAGGGAGAGUUCUGCACGAUGUAUUCAUAUAUCCGGACGCGGAUGCGGAGAGGGAAGAACCGGGUUUCUUAAUCGAGGUCGACGCAAACGAGGUGGAAGCGUUGGCGAGACAUCUGAAGCGGUAUAAACUACGAGCGAAAGUGGGGAUCAGAGUAAUUGACGAAGGAGAGCUGAGCAUCUGGGCAACCUGGGGAAAGCAGUCACCGUCCGGAGCCGACUCGAGAACGGGCGGCUUAGACCAGCGAGCGCCAGAUAUGGGGGAGAGGGUCAUAGUGUCUGGGGACCGUAAGCUUGAGGGCUCAGGAACGCAAGUUGAGGGCGGCAGCUACGAUAUAAGGCGGAUGAUGAUGGGGGUAGCAGAGGGCCAAGGAGAGAUACUUAAAGAGUCAGCGUUACCGCAAGAGAGUAAUAUUGAUUUUAUGGGUGGGAUUGAUUUUCGGAAAGGCUGUUAUGUGGGCCAGGAGUUGACAAUUCGGACGCAUCAUACGGGCGUUGUCAGGAAGAGGAUACUACCCGUACAGAUAUACCCUACUGAAGGGGACUCGAAACCGCCGGACGGUUUGAGGUAUGAUGCAAAUAUGAAGAUACGAUUGCCGCCUAGGGGAGCGAAUAUCAGUAGGGUGGAUAAGAAAGGGAGGAGCGCAGGCAAAUGGCUAAGUGGUAUGGGUAAUAUUGGAUUGGCAUUAUGUCGGCUAGAGAUUAUGACGGAUACGGUGCUGACGGGGGAGGGCAGUCAGUGGAGUCCAGAGCAUGAGUUCAAGGUGGCGUGGGAACCAGAAGAGGGAAGGGAGGGGGGAGAGGUAAGGGUGAAGGCUUUUGUGCCCAGUUGGCAUCAGAGUAGAGCUGAGGGUCAGAAGCUGCAUCGAAGUUGA